AUUUAUUUAAAGAAAGUACAAAAAUGAACCCGGAAAGUAUAUCUUCAAUUUUCGUGGUUUUGAUUGUCGCAACAUCUAUUCAUCAAGUUUUGUCCCAUGGAAGAUUGAUGGACCCACCAGCAAGAAACAGUAUGUGGAGGUUCGGUUUUCCAAACCCUGUUAACUAUAAUGACAACGAAUUAUAUUGUGGUGGGAAAAUGGUGCAGUGGAGGCAUAAUAAAGGAAAAUGUGGAGUUUGUGGAGAUCCUUGGCAUGGUGUGCGGCAUCACGAAACAGGUGGAAAAUAUGCAAAUGGAAUAAUUUCCCGGAGUUACACAGAGGGAGAUAACAUUAAAGUAGCAGUUCAUCUGACAGCAAACCAUUUGGGCUGGUUUGAAUUUCGCAUUUGCCCCACCGACAACCCUGAAACUGAAGUAACCCAGGCUUGUUUGGAUCAACACCUAUUGUACAGUUCUGAUGGACGCAAUUCCCGGUUUCAUGUAACAAAAGGGAAAAACAGUGUCUUCUUCAAUUUUACAAUAAAACUUCCCAUUGGACUUGUUUGUGAACAAUGUGUUUUUCAAUGGAAAUAUCGAACAGGAAAUACAUGGGACAAAGAUGAUAAAUCUGGAAUAUUCUGCCUUGGUUGUGGUCCCCAGGAAGAAUUUUACAAUUGUGCUGACAUCACAAUCGAACCACUUUCUGACCAAAACGAUUACUCUUCCAUAUCUCGAAGGAAAGUAAAUAGUGAAACUAUAGAUGGGAAGGCCACUGUUGGAGUGAAAAUAACCUCAGAAACAAUACCAACUUUUAGACCAACAACAUCGGCUACAGAAUUAAAACAACAAAAAGGAAAUGUGAAAACACGCAAAAUUAAUUUAUUUGAUUGGGUUAAUCAACUAUCUCUUAAGAAUGGAAAAAAUCAAUAUCUCUUGAACAAAGAUGUGGAACAAAAGAAUGCUGACAAAAUUAAAAAAAUUUUUAGGUACAAUUCUAAAAUAACACAAUCUACUAUAGCAUCACCAACUGAGAGAUCAAUUCCCAAACUAACCAAUCUUGCUGUACCACCAAGCAGAAACUCUCACAGGAAUACCAGAUUGAAAACAAGUAAACCACGUGCUGACAUGUCAGCUGAAAAAAUUUAUUCCAGAAAUAGAAAAUUGAUUGAGACAACAGUCUCUAUACCAACUGUGAUAUUACCAAAAAAAUCUUUUAAAAUGUUUACAAACCGAGUUCCUUCGCGGCAAAAUUGGUUUGUCAGAGAUCAUAAAAUGACUACUCAAAGAUCUCCUGUUGCAAUGGCAACGCCAAAAGCUUCGUUACCUUCCAAGCCAUGUCAUAAGCCAAAGACUGUGAGGAACCAAGUAAAUAAGGUAUCUCAAAUUGUUGCUUCACCUGUUGGACGGUUUAACUUAGGUUGGUGGGGUGAACAUUAUUUCAAAGCCCCAGCUACUUCAAGAAUUCCAGCAACAUGGCCUAUAAAGCCAGUUUUGAAAUGCCGUGCGAUUAUACUUUUAUCUGGUGGAAUGGAUGACUGGUGUUUUGUAAAUUGUAAUGCUAACUACUGUCCAUCAAACUUGUGUCAAUGCCGACGAGAAUUAAGUUAUGCUCCUGUCUAUACAUCCAGUAACGACCAUGUGGCGGAUCAAAGUUUAUCAUCACAUGUAGCAGAUGAUAUUCAACAACCAAUACAUUUGCCAUUAACCAAUCAAUUGCCAAGCCUGUCAUCUCAAACAAAUGUGGCCCCCCCUCUUCGCAACUCACAAUAUUCUCCAGUUGUGAACCGAUGUAAAGCAAUUGGCCUCCAUGCAGGAAAUGUUCACUUUGACCAAUGGUGCAAUCGUAACUGCUUCUCCUUUUGGUGUCCAUCAUCCCUUUGUCAUUGUAGAUAACUCUAAAAUAUUUUUGUUUGAUUGUUUUUCAAGACAUUCCAGUUGCUAUGUGUAUAUUUUUGUAUGUAUUUAUAAAUUUUAUAUAAAUUUUUCCAAUGACAAUUGCAACUUGCUCAUAAACAAUAUGCUGGAGCAAAGCAACAAGACAUUGUAAUAUUUGUUCAGCAUUCAACAGACACACUGUGGAGAAUAAGUGAUUGGAAACCAACUUUAUAGUUUUGGAAAGUUUUUUUUUUAUUUUGAUUAGACAAAAAGUCAGUCAUCAAAGAAUUUGAAACUAAACUGAAGCCAGUAUAUUACUGGUAUUCAUCACCUAGUAAUAUAAAAAGCAAAAUCAGUUGUGAGAGGAUAUGAACUCAGAUACAUAUCAUCUCAAACUAUAUACUGUAAAAGAUCAAGUCUGGUGCUCCACCAUUCGUACAAUGAUGGAUCAGUUUUGACAAUGAACAUUCAAUUGCUCAGUCAAUUGAACUCUUUAAAUUAACAAAUAGUUGGAUAUUCCAUAGACAUGGGUACCCUGAACAUAUAUUCUCAGGCCAAAUCAGCAUUACACUGUACGUAACAAGGCUGGACUUUUGAAAUACAGGGGUAAAAUCCAUUAACUGGACUUCUACAUAAUUUCAGUCUACUCCGUUUCACUCACAGGACAUCACACUAUGGGACUGAACCAAGGAUACUGGGAUUGCAAAGCGAACUUCUUAAACCAUUUGACCUUGCCUGAACCCAUAAUAAACAAUAUCUACAACAACAAUGACUCCUUACUUAAGUACAAAGCCAGCGGUUUUGAAGGGUUGAGAUUGUAGUAUAUGCCAUUGGCUUCAGUGCUUCACUGGCACUGUUUUUAUCAACCUUGGAGCAAUGAAAGAUAAAACUGACACCAGUGGAAUUUGAACUUAGAACAUAAAGAGUCA